UAACAUAGGAAUGCUUUUACUGUAAUAUGAAUUUGUUUUCUUAAAGAAUUUGGGAGUUAUAUUUGUUUCAAGAUAGAUUUGAAACAACAAUCAUAUUAUAAGGUUUUAUAAAGUAAAAAACCUAAUCGGACCAUCUGCUAUAUAAGGAGAGCAUGUGGUGAGCUUUACUAUUGCAGAAUGCAAAGGAGCAGAGAAUGGAUGGAUAGAGAAAAGGUGGCAGAGCAGAUUCAGUGUAAGAAGAAGUUGAGAGUGUGUGUGGCGACAUGCAACAGAGCGGACUACUCCAAGCUGGCCCCCAUCAUGUUUGGGCUCAAAUCCCACCCUGACGAGUUUGAACUGGAAGUUGUGGUGCUUGGUUCACAUCUCAUUGAUGACUACGGGAACACUUUUCGUAUGAUUGAGCAGGAUGACUUUGACAUCGGCUCCAAGCUCCACACCAUUGUGAGAGGAGAGGAUGAGGCAGCCAUGGUGGAAAGCGUUGGGCUGGCACUGGUGAAACUCCCCGACGUUAUACAGAGGCUUCAACCUGACAUCCUGGUCAUCCACGGUGAUCGUUUUGAUGCACUUGCUCUGGCAACUGCUGCAGCACUGAUGAACAUUAGAAUACUUCACGUGGAGGGGGGAGAGGUGAGUGGUACGAUUGAUGACUCAAUCCGCCACGCCAUAAGUAAACUGGCUCAUUACCACGCCUGCUGCACACGCAGGGCAGAGCAGUACCUCAUCGCCAUGUGUGAGGACCACUCCCGCAUCUUGCUGGCUGGUUGCCCUUCAUAUGAUAAGCUGCUGUCUUCUCAUCACAGAGAGGACUACAUGGAUAUUAUCAAGGGCUGGCUGGGUGACAAGGUGCAGGAGCACGACUAUAUUGUGGCUUUGCAGCACCCGGUCACCACAGACAUCCAGCACUCUAUUAAGAUCUAUGGACUGAUGCUUGAUGCCCUACUCUCCUUUAACAAGAAGACCCUCAUCCUCUUCCCAAACAUUGAUGCUGGUAGUAAGGAGAUGGUGCGUGUGAUGCGGAAAAAGGGCAUCGAGCAGCACCCCAACUUCCGAGCAGUGAAGCACGUUCCCUUUGAGCAGUUCAUCCAGCUGGUCUGCCAUGCCGGAUGCAUGAUUGGAAACAGCAGCUGUGGAGUGCGCGAGGCCGGGGCAUUCGGCACGCCUGUAAUUAACCUGGGAACAAGACAAACUGGCAGAGAGACAGGUGAAAAUGUUCUACAUGUCAGAGAUGCUGAUACUCACAAUAAGAUCUACCAUGCUCUGGAGCUGCAGUUUGGAAAGAGAUACCCCUGCUCUAAGAUUUAUGGCGAUGGCAACGCAGUGCCUCGUAUUCUCAAGUUUUUGCGUACCAUUGACCUGGAUGAUCCCCUCCAGAAGACCUUCUGCUUCCCCUCAGUGAAAGACUCCAUCUCCCAGGACAUUGAUCACAUCUUGGAAACACAGAGUGCUCUGUCCGUUGAUUUGGGAGGGACCAACCUCAGAGUGGCUAUCAUCUGCAUGAAGGGUAAGAUAGUAAAGAAGUAUACUCAGCCCAAUCCAAAGACCUUUGAGGCCAGGCUGCAGCUCAUAUUAAAGAUGUGUUCUGAUGCCAUGCGGGACGCUGUCUGCCUCAACUGCAGAAUACUUGGUGUUGGAGUGUCCACGGGCGGCCGUGUAAACCCACAAGAAGGUGUGGUCCUACACUCGACAAAGCUGAUCCAAGAAUGGUCCUCAGUGAACCUGAGAACGCCCAUCUCUGACGCCCUGCACCUACCCGUCUGGGUCGACAACGACGGGAACUGUGCUGCGUUGGCUGAGAGGAAGUUUGGUCAUGGCAAAGGAGUGGAGAACUUUGUGACUGUCAUCACAGGAACAGGUAUUGGAGGAGGGAUUAUCCAUCACAGUGAGCUGAUCCACGGCAGUACCUUCUGCGCUGCAGAGCUAGGUCACAUCAUGGUUUCAAUAGAAGGACCAGAGUGUUCAUGUGGCAGCCGUGGAUGCAUAGAGGCCUACGCUUCCGGCAUAGCCCUGCAAAAAGAGGCCAAAAGGCUGCACGACGAUGACCUGCUGAAGGUGGAGGGGAUGGAUAUGAAGCUUUCCGAGCCAAUCACUGCUGCACACCUGAUCAGUGCUGCCAGACUGGGGAACUCCAAAGCUGAUGCUGUUCUGAACAAAGCCUCCACAGCUCUAGGUGUGGGCAUCAUCAACAUCCUCCACAUAGUGAACCCCUCGCUGGUGAUUCUGUCCGGAGUCUUGGCCUCUUACUACCAGGCCCCAGUGCAGCACAUCAUCGCUGAAAGAGCCCUCGUCUCUGCCCAGAGCAUCAAAGUUGUCACAUCAGACUUGGAGGAACCUGCAUUACUGGGAGCUGCUAGCAUGGUGUUAGACUAUGCAACCAGAAGGACAUAUUAAAGUCUUGUAUAGUCCUGAGGACUGCUACCAACAAGUGGAUUGCAAAAAUGAAAGCAAAGUAGUACUAGUGCCUAGAUAAAUACAGUACAUACAACAUCUAAGGAAUACAUUUUGAAGAGUGAAAGACCAUGUGUUAAAACCAUCAUGCCACUGUUAAGGGCAAGUCAAAUAUUUUUUACAUUUUUUUAAAUAUCCUGCUUUUUGAUAAUCUUGAUGAAGGUAGUUUUACGUGUGUUAUCCACAAAAAUACAACACAAUUCUCAAAACUGUGAAAUCAUGCUUUCAUUGGGUCAGAUGUUGGUCAGAUUAUAGCCUGGAUACCUCAUGUGUGAAAUGGGUCCAAUGCAUGGGCCUGAAAUCCAACAUGUCUUUCAAACCUACAUAGGCAAGGUUUAACAAAGCCCCAGAGCUUUUUUGGCUGGAUCGCAAUAGUGGGGCCAGCCCCUAAAAACACGAAUGUCCAUGACUGACUGAGUUAUUGAAUGACAGAUUAUCUGUUACUGACUGAAUAACUGACUGAGAGAUGAAGUUAGCCCAUUGGUCAAUUAUAUGCCUUGUGACUUAGUGCUGUUAGUAUAGUUUCGGCCGGCUGCAUGUUGGAGUAUCCCCAUUGGCCUCUGCUCUUUCAAAAUGAAUUGGUGCAAACAGUUUUGAUCGCAUCAUCAGGGGCCAUUUACAGGCUGUGUUGCAAACUUAAUGCCUUUGUCACUACAUUUACCGACUUUUCACACCCAUUUAGCGACUUUUUUUCACAGAAGCACCUAGCAACAAAUCCAGCAACUUUUUUGACAAACCUGAGCUACUUGCCGUAGAGAAUGGGCUAUAUUUCAGUCACUAUUUUAUACUUGUUCCAUUGUCUAACAACAGAAACAGAAGAACAUGUAAAUGAGAACAGCUUUAUUGUUAAUUCAGCUGUAUUAAGAUACUGUGUAUGUGAGCACAGAGGGUAGGGGAGAGAAGGAAACAGAUAAAGGGCGGUCCAGCCAUAUACUAGGUUUGGACUUAGUCUUUUUAAUGGAAAAGUCUUAAGAAAUAGAAUGCUUGUUUCAGAUGUGACCAAAAAUAUUGCUGAAACAUGCUCCUGUACCUUCCUCUGUAUUCUCUCUAAAUGCUUGCUUUCUAACCUUUCGUUAAAGCUUAUAUGGAGUAUGAAUUUGUAUCUCUUUUUCAGAUAAAGUUGAUUGUCCAGUGUUUGUCAUUAUUCCAUAGUUUAUCAUUUUAAUUAUUUAAGGUGUUGUUAAAAAAAACAAACAAACAAAAAACAAAAGUAAUAUAUGAAUGUUACUAUAGUUGCUGGUCUUGGAGGUUUUAGGAAAAUAAGUCAUUAUUAUAAAAUCAGUAUAAAUGCUAUAUUGGCUCAUAUUAAUGAAUUGUUAAGGCGGCAACUGUUUUAGCCUAAUUGCUGCUACACUGUGAUGGAGCUUUUGCCUGAAUCAUACAACAGAUCUUAUGAAGAUUUUAACUGAAUCUGAAGCAAGUUUUCUUUAUGCCUUUCAAAGAUAUAUUUUAUUCCUGUUGAUGUUGUUUGCAUGAAAUGUACAAUACAGUAUGUAACAGUACUUGUGGAUACAUUUCUUUGUAAUUUAAUUGGUUUAUGUGGGUCCAAAUAAAUACUCCAAAACUUGCUUAAUAUAUACACAAGAAAUAGACUUUACAGUCCAGAAUGUUGUUGACCUCUUUGGGGUUAUUGCAGAUCUUUAAUUUUAUUACAUGGAAAACACGCAACUAUUACAAUGCACAGCAACUCAAAACAUAAAGCUCUUUUACUUAUAGCCUUGAAAUAUGUGUAUAAUAUAUGUUUAAACAGCCCAAAUAAGAGUCAGUUAACAAAAAAAGGUUUCUUGUAAAAGACUGAGAAGAUAAACAAAUCUCUUCCUGGAAUAAUGUGUUUUUUUGGGGGGGGGUCCAGUAGAGUAAAUAAGUUGACUGAGCUGCUGUUUCCAGAAGUAUUCUUUCCAUUGCACAAUUUUGCUUUGUAACAGUGCCUGCAACAUUUCUCAGUGCACAUCGUAUGAGUCUCCUGGAUAUUUAAACUUAGCAAAAUAAAAAGUCACAUAACAUUGUUUA